CGGUGGGCACCGAGUCACCAGGCACGACAGUGGGCUCCGAGUCAACUGGCAUGACCGCUGGCACUGGUUCAGACAUUGGAUCGUCUGGCUGGACAGCGGGCAUCGGGUCACCAGGCAUCAGGUCAUUUGGCUUGACAGCGGGCACCGCGUCAUCUGGCAAGGCAGUGGGCUCCGAGUCAACUGGUAUGACCGCGGACACUGGGUCAGACAUUGGAUCGUCUGACUGGACAGCGGGCAUCGGGUCACCAGGCAUCAAGUCAUUUGGCUCGACAGCGAGCACAGCGUCAUCUGGCAAGGCAGUGGGCUCCGAGUCAACUGGCAUGACCGCGGGCACUGGGGCAGACAUUUGAAUCGUCUGGCUGGACAGCGGGCAUCAGGUCACCAGGCAUCAGGUCAUUUGGCUCGACAGCGGGCACCGCGUCAUCUGGCAAGGCAGUGGGCUCCGAGUCAACAGGCAAGGCAGUGGGCACCGGGUCACCAGGCAUUGGAUCGUCUGGCUCGACAGCGGGCAU